AUGGGAAAGUUCCUCUUGUGCGUGGAGAGCAACGUGCGCGAGGUGAACAACCUCCUCGCCUUUCACAACGUACACCCGCAGGUGCGCGCAGAUGUACAGCGACGGCUGCAGCGUCUGCUGCAUCGCCUCUACGACCACGUUGAUACACUCGCGCCCGGAUACGGCGAGUCUGCCCAGGAUGUGUGCAGCACCAUUGUGCAUGAUGUGGUGCACAACACAAUCCACAACGUCAUCCCCCUUGUGGAGCUCGCCGCGGAGGAGAAGCGCAGGGCGGCGCUCGAGCAGCGCACGCGUGACCUGGCGGCGGAGCUGCAGGAAAGUGAGCGGCGCUGCCGCGAGAUGGAAGCGGCGCACGAGCGCGUCCGCCAGGCACACGAAUUCAUGCUGCACUGCUACUUCCGCGAGGUCCUCGUGCUGCGCUACCAGCUACAGGAGGCCGUGGCCAAAUCGCGGCGCCUGCAGGGCUACGCUUCACAGGCGUCGCUUGGGAGGAAGGCGCCGCCACCGACGUCUUCGAAGCGCCCCAGCGACGCCAUGGAGCCCCUUCCGUUGGCGACCGCCCACCCGCUGGCGCCGUUUUCAACAGACUUCUUCGCGGAGGAGUCCAUAUCAUCGCCGACGGUGUAUGUCGUGGCGACCACGCUCUCCCCAGGGGCAUUGGUGGCGGCAUCACCGCCACCCGAGAGGGCCGCAACGGCAAUGCCAUUACCGCCACCCCCGCUGUCGGCAGAAGGAGCAGCAGCAGAAACAGAACCGUCAACUGGGGCGAAAGCAACAGAGACACCAACGGUAACCCUGACAGAUUUGAUGCCAUUGAAAGCGACGAUGACGCCUUCAAUGGUUCCAGCGGCGGCGACGGCGGACGUGCCAACAACAGUACUAAAAGUAACAGUCACGGAUCCCGCGGUAGUAGCUUCACCAACGACUGGUAUGACGACGCCAACGACUGUGACGGUGAAAACAGCGAAGUCCUCAGUGAUGGAGGAAACCACUGAAACAACAGCACUGACGUCAAUAACAGACGAUGAAGACGUAAGGCUAAAAGUGAUGGUCCGUCCCACGAAGGUGGCGUCGACGCAGACGACGUUCAACGUUGGAAACGAGAGCGUGGACGCUAUCUUCGACUACGAGCAAUACAUACGACUGCUGAAUGCGGGGUGGGAGGGAGAAUCUUCUGGGGCUUCAGAAGGCUGUGGGCUCUCACCGGAAAAGCUGACACUAGACAAGCGCCGUAGAGAGGAAGUGAGUGCCCUUCGUUUUAUGCAGCAGCAACUCAUGCGCUCUCAGGAGGCCACCAUAGCGUCGUUGCAGGCAAAGCUCCAGGAGGAUGAGACCUUCGCCAAAGCCGCAUCAUGGCGAACGGCUCUCGUGCUGCGCCCCAUAAAGGAGAUUCUUUUGGAGGAGCUGAGCGGCAUCCACAGCGGAGUGCAACGCAUGCGGGCGCAGCACCUUGAGGACAUGACGGUGCUGCAGCAGGCAAUGAAGGUUAUACAGGCCCGCAUCGACUUUCUCUUGGCAUUUUUCCUGACGUACUCAGAGGAGGUGGGGAAUCUCGCUGUAGCGCUCUCAGCUGACACCGACGUGUCGAUGAGCUGCAAGUCGCACUUGCUGUCUUCGGAGGAUGACCCGUGCCAGCGGCGUGUCGUGCUGGACUACUUCGCGGAUACAUUACCCUUCGCGUCGUCGGUGGCGUCGGAUAUGCAGGACGACGACGCAGAUGCCACCGAAGCGAACGGGUGGAGCUAUCAUCGGGAGGGUGCCUUCUGGGAGAACAACCCGGUGACGCUGCAGGCCAAGCGGGCUUUCGCCGCGCUACAGGCUGCUGUUUUCAAGGCACGCGAUCGAAGAGGCCGUCGCACGCGACGCGCGACCAACGCACUGUCCACCACCUUUGUUGAAAACUCUAUCGGCGGAUUCUACAACGCAGAAGAUGACGAGGAGGAUGACGCCGUCCUUGGUGAUGACGAUAUGGGUAGGCUCGCAGCGCUUUCACACGAGGACCGGUUGAAAGCGCUCGUGCGGCUGCGUAUGCAGCGCAUCGCCUACCGUGCCCGGCACCGCAACCGCCUGCGCCAGCUCGCGGAGGACGCCCGCCGCGGGCGCAGCGCGGAUGAGCUGCAGCGCACACUCUAUGAGGCGUGGAUGCACGAGCAGCGGGUGGCCCGCAUCACGCGGGCAAUUAAUCGGCUGCUACGCCAAAUGGGCUUUUCUGCAUCCACCUCCAAGGACGAGCGGGCUUUCUUCACGAAGAACCUCGCGCUUUCGCCGUACCUGUAUGACCCCGCGGGGGCGCAGGCAACCGAGGACGUGGUGUAUGUGCCAGUUCCGGUUCGUGCCGAACAUGCUGGGGAUCUGUGCGCUACGCUGGCCUCCAAUCAGCCUGGCUAUGUGGUAUUCAAUGGCGAGAUUGUCCCCAUCGCGACAGUGACGUACUGUAGCAGUAGUGGCCUGCCCCUCACAAAGGGGGCCGCUGCAGGCAGAGUAGGGUCGAGGGGGAAAGACCAACGGCGCGUAGCGCCGUUCCACGGCGCAGUGGUGGAUUACCAACGUGGUGUGCAGUUGGGACGCCCACUCGGCGACAAGCAUGGUCCGCUGUACGUUUUCUAUGACCCGGACGAACAUUCAUUCCUUCUUGUGGAGGAAAGAGAGGCGAGGAGCCGCGUCGUCGGAAGAGUCCAGGAGCGUCAACAACCACAACCACAACAACCGCAGCAGCGGCAGAAUGUGCGACUGGCGACGAUCUUGAUGCCCCCGCCCCUGCCAGAAGUGGGACCGUCGGAGACGCCGAUGCCAACCCCGCCGCCGACUAUUCCUGCCCCGGCAAUGAUUGCGCCGAAGGAAAGACCACCCUGUGAGGCUACAUUCGCGUUAACGGAGACGACACCAACCAUCUUUCCCCCCGUGCAGCAGCCAAUAAAGGGGCUGCCGUCGCGUGUCGUGUCGGAGAGAGCCAAAAAUCACCCCUGUCGGCUCGCCGUGAUUCAGCCAAACGAAGAAGACAGAGACUUGAUGCGCGUUGAGUCGCUUUCAGCGCGGCGUGAUGCUGCAGGAAAGGGACCUGGAGGAGUCAUGGCAUUCCCGCCAACAUCCUCAUCGUCUACAGAGCGUUUCGUGACGGCGUUAGAGCGCCUAAAGGGGGACCAGCGGCGGCGAAAGGAGACAACGAAGGAGCGCAAUACGAAAUCACUGUUGGCAACGAAUCGAAGGUUCUCCUCCAUGCGCUUCCCGCGGAUCCUGACGCCGUCACCGUCGCCCUCAGAGUAG